AAAUAUAAAUAAAUAUAAAUAAAUAUAAAUAAAUAUAAAUCAAUAAAUUUAAAUAAAAGCAAAAAAAAACUAUACAAAAAUGUUAGAUUUCAUAAUAAAUUCAAUUUCAUCAUUAUUCUCCAAUAUUUUUAGAUUAUUUGAAGGAAAAAAAGAUUCAAGAUUGCUUAUGAUAGGUUUAGACGGUGCAGGUAAAACAACUAUUCUUUAUAAAUUAAAACUUGGUGAUAUUGUAUCCACUAUACCUACCAUAGGUUUCAAUGUAGAAACAUUAGAAUAUAAAAACAUCAGUUGUACUAUAUUUGAUGUUGGUGGUCAAGAAAGAUUAAGAGCCCUUUGGAGACAUUAUUAUCAAGGUACACAAGGUUUAAUUUUUGUCUUAGAUAGCAGCGAUAGAGAAAGAAUGAACGAAGUUAAGCAUGAAAUUGAUACCCUUAGAGUGCAAGAUGAAUUACGUGACACUGUUUUUUUAAUUUUUGCAAAUAAACAAGACCAAAUUAAUGCAAUGAGUGUUUCCGAAUUAGCCUGCUAUUUAGAAUUGGACAAGAUGAAUGAAAGAAAAUGGUUCAUUCAACCAACCUCUGCCCUUAAUGGCCAAGGUAUUUACGAAGGUAUGGAGGGGUUAUCAAAAAAUUUAAAUAUUUAAAACCCCUAAAUUUAAAUU